AUGCUUUUUAUCCUCCUGCAACAUUCGUAUGACCUAUCGUUAUUCUCCACCCCCACCCUUUCGAUAUUAUUCUUUUUGACUGUCCAUCGUUGUCAAGCCGCCAAAGUGGAGAGUGUGGUUGCAGAGGGGGGUGCUUCUCGUUUCAGUGCUUCUACGGGAGGAGGAGGUCGGGCUGCGUCUCAGCAGUAUCCCAAGACUGUCGGCAACAGCGAGUUCCUGGGGAAAACCCCAGGGUCUAGCGUUCAGAGAUGGGUUCCUUCACGAAGCACUAGACGAGAUGUCAGCUCCUCCAAUGAAAAAGAACGCCAGGAUGCAAUCUUCAGAAAAGUGAGAGGCAUACUUAAUAAACUGACCCCUGAUAAGUUUGACAAGCUAUGCCUUGAGCUUCUGAAUGUGGGCGUGGAUUCAAAGCUCGUCCUCAAAGGAAUUAUCUUGCUGAUUGUAGACAAAGCCCUUGAAGAGCCCAAGUAUAGCUCGCUAUAUGCUCAGCUAUGUCUGCGUCUUGCAGAGGAUGCUCCGAACUUUGAUAACCCAGCUGAGAUCCAGUCAUCACAAAAGCAGAGCACUACAUUCAGGAGACUUCUGAUAUCAAAGCUUCAAGAUGAGUUUGAAAACCGCACCAGAAACGUUGAAAUCUAUGACAAAAGCGAUAGCCCUCUUACCUCUGAAGAAGAGGAACAGCGUGCUAUUGCUAAGAUCAAGAUGCUGGGCAACAUCAAAUUCAUUGGGGAACUUGGCAAACUUGAUCUUAUUCACGAGUCUAUCCUUCAUAAAUGCAUCAAAACACUUCUGGAAAAGAAGAAAAGAAUCCAACUUAAGGAUAUGGGGGAGGAUUUGGAGUGCCUCUGUCAGAUAAUGAGAACUGUCGGGCCCAGACUUGAUCAUAAUAAAGCCAAGUCCUUAAUGGAUCAGUACUUUACCCGCAUGCGAUCCUUAAUGAACAACAAGGAUUUGCCUGCUAGGAUUCGUUUCCUGCUGCAGGAUACUGUAGAGUUACGAGAGAACAACUGGGUGCCUAGGAAAGCUUUUCUUGACAAUGGACCUAAGACCAUCAAUCAGAUUCGUCAGGAUGCAGUAAAGGAUUUAGGCAUGUUCAUUCCAGCUAUGAACUCCGGAUUGAGGACUGACUUUUUUCAAGAAAACACCUUCAUACCAACACGAAUAAGCAGAGAGGCUCUCGGGGGAUUGGCUGAUAUGUUUGGACAAAUGCCAGGUAGUGGGAUUGGUACUGGGCCUGGAGUUAUUCAAGACCGGUAUUCCCCCACAAUGGGGCGUCAUCGUACUAACCCGCUCUUCAACGGUCAUAGUGGCCACAUGGCUCCUGCUCCCCAGUCUCAGUUUGACAAGCCUUUUAUGAAAACCAACCAGGGGCAGAACAUGCUGUUCCAGAACCAGACUCAACAGCAAGCUCAGUCUAAAGAUUUGCCACCACGCUUCAAGAAAGGACAGCUUAAUGCUGAUGAGAUUAGCUUGAGACCAGCUCAGUCAUUUCUUCUGAACAAAUCCCAAGUGCCAAAGCUGCAGCCACAGAUCCCCACCAUGAUUCCUCACAGCGCGCAGCCUCCUCGAACAUCCACUCCUCCGCUCGGACAGCCUCCACAGCUUGGCCUUAAAACAAAUCCACCUCCUAUUCAAGAAAAACCACAGAAGACCAGCAAGAAACCACCACCUGCCAAAGAGGACUUGCUCAAAAUGACUGAGACGGUCAUUAAGGACUACCUUAGCAGCAAGAACAUCAGCAAUGCUGUGACUGGAGUGAGGGAGAUGAGAGCACCUAAACAUUUUCUGCCAGAGAUGUUGAGUAAGAUCAUCGUGUGCUCAUUAGACAGCUCGGAUGAAGACAAAGAACAUGUCAGCACGCUGCUGAAUACACUUCGUACCGAGGGGCUGAUCACAGGGGAGAACUUCAUACAGGCUUUCCUUACCAUUUUGGACCAGUGUCCUAAACUUGAGGGGGACAUUCCGCUGGUGAAGUCCUAUCUGGCUCAGUUUGCAGCCCGUGCCAUUAUUGCGGAGCUCAUGAGCAUUGCAGAUUUGGCCCAUCCUCUGGAGAACGGCACACACUUCCCUCUUUUCUUGCUCUGUCUUCAGCAAACAGCUAAGCUGAAGGAUAAGGAGUGGCUCACUGACCUGUUCCAGCAAAGCAAGGUCAACAUGCAGAUGAUGCUGCCAGAAAUAGACCAAAACAAAGAUCGCAUGUUGGAAAUUCUGGAGGGGAAGGGCCUGAGCUUCCUCUUUCCUCUCAUGAAACUGGAGAAGGAGCUGCUGAAACAGAUUGAAGCAGACCCAUCACCCCAGUCUAUCUAUAAGUGGAUCAAGGACAACAUCUCUCCCAAGCUUCACAUCGACAGGGGGUUUGUCAACAUUCUGAUGACUAGCUUUUUGCAGUACAUUUGCCAUGAGAUGUAUCCCACCAACUCAGAAGAACAGUUAUCAUCACCCAGUAAAGAACAGAUUGACCAGGAGAAACAACUACUGCUGGCCUUUAAACCGGUGAUGCAGAAGUUCCUGCAUGAUCACGUGGACCUGCAGGUCAGCGCCCUGUACGCGCUCCAAGUGCACUGCAACACCAGUGCUUUCCCCAAAGGAAUGUUGCUGCGUUACUUCGUCAACUUUUAUGACAUGGAAAUAAUUGAAGAAGAAGCCUUCCUCUCAUGGAAAGAAGAUAUUGCUCAAGAGUUUACUGGCAAAGGAAAAGCCUUGUUCCAGGUGAACCAGUGGCUAACCUGGUUGGAGACGGCUGAAGAAGAGGAGUCUGAGGAAGAGGCUGACUGAGAAACCAGCCAAAGCCUUACAUGGUAGUCAUCGUGCUUUUCUGCUCAACCCACUGCCAUCCUUUUGUUUUACCCUAUGCCUCAUUUCCCUGCAUUCCACAGUGUUCUAUGCACCCCUCAUCACCUCAUCAUUUAAAGCAUGUAAUGAUUUGCUAUGUUUGAAACACUCAAGAAAUGGUAUUGGCGACGUGAAACCCACUCGUUUUGCUUUUAAAACCUCUUCCGAACGUAUUCACAAGAACACGUACUGCUGCUCUCUAACAACCGUAGAAACGCACUUUGUGCUCAGUGUCAUGAGUCGUUGCAAUAUGCUCCAUCGAUUGUUACAAAGAAUCCUUUACUGUAAUCAUCGGAAACCGGACAUUUUAAGUGGUUAGUGCUUCUACCUCUGUAGUGAAUUUAGUACACCUGGUUGAAUUCAGUCCCUUCUAACCUGCACGGUCUUGAAGUCCAGAUUGAAAACCACAACCUCGGGUUACUACUUCCGCUCUGAUCGGAUUGCGACGAACGAAAAGCCAUGUGAGAAAUUCUACAGCCUUUUUAAUCCACCCACUGUUGUCCCCCUCCGUUCUUUGUCCAACUUUGAUACUUGAAUUUUUCUUAACAGCAUGUUCAGGGAUUACCAAACAUGGCCUGUUUAGAUGCAGCGACAUUUUGAGUGAAACAGCCUUGUGUUAAUGGUCGUUUUUAAAUGGAAAACUUUUAAUUGGUGAAAUAAAGAUGAAUACACAAUUGGAAUUGUAGUCGACUGUGCAACCACUCUGCUUACAAAACCCAAAUUUGUUUGCCAUAAUAUCUAAUAUAGAUAUUUAUUGAACUAUCAUGAAAAACAACUGAUGCUUUAUCUUUAGGUAGAACAAUAAAAUGGAUGCACGUGGUAUACGCUAUUUAAAGUGUUACUGUAUGAUGUAAGAGCUCUGAAUGUUCUGUGUACCACUUGCUUAAGUUUCAAUAAAGUUACACACCAGGAUUAA